CAGCCAAUCAGCACAGCGAUCUCUUCCUGAUGCCAUCACAAAGAGAAAAAGGCUUCUCCAGAUUGGGAAGGAUUAGCAGCAAAACGUUCUUUGAUGGGAGGAAGGAUGAAUAUGCGGUCUCUGAUUCCUGGAAAUAUGCAGACAUCAGAGGAUUUCAUAACUUUUAAUGACAUUGCGGUAUAUUUUUCGGAGGAGGAAUGGAGAUGUCUAGGGGAAGCAGAGAAGGAUCUCUACAAGGAUGUGAUUAUUGACAAUUAUCAAACCCUUGUGUCAGUAGGGUUUCUUAUUGAAAAACCUGAAAUUGUGUUGAAGAUUGAACAUGGGUAUGAUCUCUGUGCAACCAAUGAGCAGGAACAUCUAUGGAGAUAUACAAGCCAAGACAUCUGCACAGGUCACAUGACUAUCGAUGAGCAUAAUCUAGAAGAAAUAAAAAAACAAAAUUUGUACUAUUGGACUUGUUAUGAUAAUGUAAUCUGCUAUAAUAACCCAACGGAGAAAUGCAAGUCAAAUGACUGGUUAGUAGCUGAACCUGAAUUUUUUUCCACUUAUGGAACACAAAAUCCUUCUUUUGUAGAAGAAAUUCAACUGCGCCAUGCUUCAAAUUAUGAGGACACCAUCCAUGAAAUAAUACAAAACCAGAGACACUUCCAAAAUUCAUCACUUUUUCACCAGGAUCUAAUUCCUGAGUACAGGGCUAUGGCAGCUUACAAAGCAGCGAGACGCUAUUCAUGCAUGGAAUGUGGAAAGUGCUUCAUGCAAAGCUCACAUCUAAAGUCUCACCAGAAAACACAUACAGGAGAGAAGCCAUAUGCAUGUGGUGAAUGUGGGGGGCGUUUUGCAGAAAAGGGAACUCUAGUUAAGCACCAAAGAACUCAUUCAGGAGAGAGACCUUAUCCCUGUCUUGUAUGUGGCAAGAGUUUUUCUCAGAACUCUCAUCUCCGCAUGCACAAGAGAACGCACCUUGUUAAAGAACCAUGUUCUGAGUGUGGCAAUAUUAUAAGUAAUACAACCAGAACCCAUAUGACUCCAAGUGAGUGUUCUCAGUGUAGGCAACGCUCCACAGAAAGACUUGAUGCUAUCAAACAAAGAAAACUAAAAAAGAGGGAGAAGGUGUAUAAGUGUACACAGUGUGAUAAAUGUUUUACCAGGAGUGCUAACCUGGUUGUGCACCACAGAACCCACACCGGUGAAAAACCUUACAUAUGCUCUGAUUGUGGGAAAACCUUCACUGACCGGUCCAACCUGGUCAGCCACAGAAGAACCCAUACUGGGGAAAAGCCAUAUUUAUGCAGUGAAUGCGGUAAGACUUUUCCAUACCGUUCAGCACUGGUUUUACACAAAAGAACUCACACGGGUGAGAAACCAUUUGUAUGUAAUGAAUGCGGGAAGAGUUUUUUCUGUAAUUCACGAUUGCUUCUCCACCAGAAAGUUCACACUGGUGAAAGGCCCUAUGCUUGUAAUGAAUGCGGUAAAAGCUUCUCCUGUAGCUCAACGCUGGUCAAGCAUCAAAUUAUACACACUGGAGAGAGACCAUACUCAUGUCUUGAAUGUGGUAAGUCUUUCAUUCGAGGGUCUCAUCUAGCUAUCCACCAGAGGACUCACACCGGUGAGAAACCAUACAAUUGCCCAGAUUGUGGAAAAGGCUUCACUGAUAAAUCAAAUCUUUCAAGCCACCAGAGAACUCACAAAGGAGAGAGACAUUAUGUGUGCAAAGAAUGUAAUAAGAGAUUUACACAGAGCUCAACAUUGCUCAAACACCUACAGACUCACACUGGAGAGAAGCCUUAUGCCUGCACAGAAUGUGGGAAACUGUUCACACGUAGCUCUAAUCUUAUUAUCCAUCUAAGGGUCCAUACGGGGGAAAGGCCGUAUAAUUGCAAUGUUUGUGGUAGAAGCUUUUCCCAUAGCUCGCAUCUCGUUAAACAUAAAAAAAUCCACAAAUAAAGGACUGUGUUCAGUGUGUGACUCAAAAUAUGCAAAUCAUUAUGUCA